UAAAUAGCUUUCCGUUUAUCGGUUACCCGUUUAAUUUUCUAUCAGCCCUGGUCGCUGCUACAGCUGAUCCAAUUGGACAACAGACAUUAUCAGUUGCGUUAGCGUCAAAGUGCACGAAAAGAGUAACUAUACAAACGUAAAACCAUGGCCCUGCGUCUGCAACAUUUAAAUCCGAAAAGGACGCUUUUCCUCUUGUGCGACAUUCAGGAGAAGUUCCGACCCGGCAUGCCUCUUUUCGACAACAUGGUGAAAAAUGCAAAUAAAUUGACAAGAGCGGGCAAAGAACUAGAAGUGCCAUUGAUUGUAACAGAACAUUAUCCUGAAAAAUUGGGUAAAAUUGUGCCAGAACUGGAUGUAAGUCACGCCAAGGCUGUGGUUGGGAAAACUCUAUUUAGCAUGAUGGUUCCCGAAGUAAAGAACACAAUGAAGCAGUUGUUUGGCGAGAAACCCGAGUAUGCCGUCCUCUACGGUCUGGAGUCACACAUUUGCAUUGAGCAAACCGCCAUUGAUCUGCUGCAGCAAAACAUAAACGUUUAUAUUGUUGCCGAUUGCUGCUCCUCGCGUUUAACGCAGGAUCGUGAUUUGGCUUUGGAUCGAUUGCGUCAAGCUGGAUGUGUGGUGACCACCAGUGAGAGUGUUAUCUUUAAUCUGAUACGCGAUAAGAACAACCCCAAAUUCGAUGUAGUACGAAAAUUGGUUGCUCAGCCUUCGGUGGACAUGCAAUUGGGUCGCUUUUCUGGCAGUGCUAAACUAUAAAACUACCAUCCCUAUUAAUGAAUCCGGAUUGCAUUUAUAUAAGAAAUACAUUUAUACGUGGUCAUGCUUAUUA